AUGGGCAGAAAGGGAUUCAAGCGCGGCGGCAAGAAGCAAUUCGGCAAGCGCCCACAGGUGGACGACCGCAACAACGGCUGGACGGAGAUUGCACGUGAAAACGAAAAAUGGGAGAAGUACUACAAGGCGCUCAACAUCAUCCCGGAAGCCGAAUGGGACGCGUUCAACAAGGCGUGCCAGGACACUUUGCCGCUCACCUUCAGAAUCACUGGCUCGCGUGCGCACGCGCAGGAGAUCCAGGAAAUCUUUGUCAACAAGCACCUCCCGUUGAUCCAGGACACCGAGUGGGAGGGCGAGAAGCUCGCACCGCCUAAGGAAUUGUCGUGGUACCCGGACCACUUGGGCUGGCAGUUGGACGUUUCCAAGUCUGUGUUGCGCAAGAAUGAGCAGUUCGCACAGACUCAGAGAUUCCUUGUCGUUGAAACCGAAGUCGGUAACAUCUCCCGACAGGAGGCGGUCUCCAUGAUUCCGCCGUUGGUGCUUGACGUUGAGCCACACCACGCCGUUUUGGACAUGUGUGCAGCGCCGGGCUCUAAAACUGCCCAGUUGGUUGAGGCCUUGCACGCGCAGGACUCCGUGACCCCAGCCACUGGCUUUGUCUUGGCAAACGACUCGGACUACAAGCGCUCACACAUGCUCAUCCACCAGGUGAAGCGCCUCAACUCGCCAAACUUCUGUGUCGUCAACCACGACGCUCAGUUAUUCCCAAAGAUCCGGCUCGACGGGCAGAAGGAGUUUGUCAAGUUCGACAGAAUCCUCUGCGACGUGCCGUGUUCCGGGGACGGGACCAUGAGAAAGAACGUGACCGUGUGGAAGGACUGGAAUACCGGUAAUGCCCUCGGUUUGCACACGCUCCAGCUCAACAUCUUGAAUCGUGGGUUGCAGUUGUUGAAGAGGGGUGGGCGCCUCGUUUACUCCACCUGUUCCAUGUCGCCAGUCGAGAACGAGGCAGUGGUGGCCGCUGCUUUGAGGAAGUGGGGCAAUCAGAUCAGAUUGGUCAACUGCGAUGACAGAUUGCCGGGCUUGGUCAGAUCCGAAGGGAUCAGCGACUGGCCGGUGUUCGGCAAAGACAUGGAGUUGAGAGAGAUUGGCGCUGAGGACGUUGCAGCGUCUGUCUUUCCGCCGUCCGAGGAGGAAGCUAAGGCGUUUAACCUUAAGAACUGUAUCAGAGUGUAUCCACACCAGCAGAAUACUGGUGGGUUCUUCAUCACCGUUUUCGAGAAGAUUGGCGAGACGGUUGAGAAGAAGAGAGCUGCUAGUGACGAGCAGGAGGCCGUUAAGAAGGCCAAGAUCGAUGCCGAUACACCGGCUGGAACCCCAGUUCCGGCAGACGCUCCCGUUGCUGCUCCUAAGCAGAUUGUCAAAAUGAGAAAGGAAAAGCUUCCACGUGACGCCAACGAAGAGCCAUUCGUCUUCCUCGAUCCAAACCACCCACAGCUCCUCAAGUGCUGGGAGUUCUACCACAUCGAAAAGGAUUUUGCCAAGGACUGUACCCUUGUCCGUAAUGCCCAAGGCGAACCAAUCAGAACCAUCUACUACGUCGCCCCGGCCAUCAGGGAUAUCCUCUCGGCCAAUGAGCAGAAGCUCAAAUUCAUCCACGCCGGUAUCAAGCUCUUUGUCUCGCAGAGAGGCGAGGGCGAGUGUCUCUGGAGAGCCCAAUCCGAGUCCUUGAACGUCUUGGAGCACGCCUUGGGUCCGGAAAGACGCAUUUCCUGUAAUCCGGACAUGCUUUUAAAGUUGUGCCAGCAGUCUUUCCCACACUUGCCAUCCUUGGCUGAGGCUGAGGCCGACGUUGCGUUUGUUGAGGAAGCCAAGAAGUUUGAGAUUGGCUGUGUCUUUUUGACUGUCAACAGAGGUGAGGGCAAGGAACAACUCUUCUUGCCGUUGUGGAAGGGCAAGAAUUCUAUUAACUUGAUGGUGAGCAAGGCCGAGACCUAUGAGUUGUUGUACAGAGUCUUUGGUAUUGUCACCGAGAAGAAUGCUGAGUAUAAGCAGCAGGCCAAGCCGCAAAAGCAGGUUGAGGGUGAAACUCCAGUCGAAUCUGCUGUCGAAUCUGCUGUUGAAUCUACUAUUGAGUCCGCUGUUGAAUCCGUCGCUGAAACCCCGUUUGAAUCUGCCGUUGAAACUCCAACUGAAGUUGCCGAAGCUGAGAUUCCAGCCGAAACCGCCCAGUAA